AUGCCCAGGAGGGCCUGUGACAGACCUCCAGCUCUGCUCCAGCCGAAGCACCGAGUCCGGGGGCGGUUUCUCCAGCGCCUCCUGCAGUCCCGCGGGGCCGAGCCCGGCUCUGCGCUGCUCCGGGAGCCCGGCAAGAGGGAAACGGCCAUGACAUGGCCCCGCUCACUCGUGCACCGAGUGUCAGGGUCUCUGCGGAGGCACCCUGGGGUGCACGGCCGGGUGGAGCAGCGGGGGGACCCCCGACGGACCCUGACCCACUUCAGCCAAGACAACGUCUCCCACUACGACAUCUUCCUCCUGCACGAGAGUGAGGAGGAGCUGUACGUGGGGGCGCGGGAUCGGGUGCUGGCCCUCACCGUCGGCACCCCGGGCAGCAUCCGUGCCAAAGCCUCGAUAAUAUGGGGACCCACCGCCGAGAAAACCUCCGAAUGUGCUUUUAAGAAGAAGAGCCAGGAGACCGAGUGCUUCAACUUCAUCCGCGUCCUUGUGGCCCUCAACCAGACUCACCUCUACGUCUGCGGGACCUAUGCCUUCAGCCCCGCCUGCACCUACAUCCACCUGGAGAACUUCACCCUGGUGUCCAGCAGCAGAGGACAACCUUUCCUGGACGGGAAGGGCCAGUGCCCCUUUGACCCCCAGCAUACCUACACGGCCCUGCUGGUGGAUGGUGAGCUCUACGCCGGCACCAUGAACAACUUCCAGGGCAACGAGCCCAUCAUCUCCCGGUCGCUGGGCAGCCGGACCCUGCUCAAGACAGACGCUUUCCUGCGCUGGCUUUCGGCCGAUGCUGCCUUCGUGGCCUCCUUCAGCAUCCCUGGAGAUGACAAGGUCUACUUCUUCUUCGAGGAGACGGCCGAUGAGUUUGAUUUCUUCGAGCGGCUCCUGGUGCCGCGGGUGGCCCGUGUCUGCAAGAGUGACGUCGGCGGGGACAAGGUGCUGCAGAAGAAGUGGACAACAUUCCUGAAGGCCCAGUUGGUGUGCUCGCAACCCGGCCGCUUCCCCUUCAACGUCAUCCAUCACGCCUUCGCCCUGCCCCGUCGCGACGGCGGUGCCGAUUUCUACGCCGUCUUCACCUCGCAGUGGCAGGCGGGCAGGGCGGGCAGCGCGGCCGUCUGUGCCUACAGUCUGGAGGCUCUGGAGGAGGUCUUCGAGGGCAAGUACAAGGAGCUGAACAAGGAGAGCUCCCGAUGGACGGUCUAUGGUGGCCCCGACAUGAGUCCUCGGCCCGGCAGCUGCUACAUGGGUCCCUCCUCUGACAAAGCCCUCACCUUCAUGAAGGACCAUUUCCUUAUGGACGGGAAGGUGUCACCCAUCCAGGGGCGGCCACUGCUGGUGAAGACGGAUGUCACAUACACGCGCAUCGUGGUGGACGAGACUCGUGGUGUCUCAGGAGCCAUCUACCGUGUCAUGUUCCUGGCCACAGCGGAGGGUUUCCUGCACAAAGCAGUGGAGUUGCCUGAGGGUCCCCACAUUGUGGAAAGCAUCCAGCUCUUCAGGACGCCGGAGCCAGUGAAGAACCUACUGCUGGCCCCGGGGAAGGGCAUCCUCUACGUGGGCUACUCUGGUGGUGUCCUCCAAGUCCCGUUGGCCAACUGCAGCCUGCACCAGAGCU